UGGCCUAUUGCUGGCUAGGUGCUGAUCUACAUCUCCCGUUGCCGGAAAACCAGGAGGGCGAGAGAUCCGCUGGUCGAAUGCGAGAUAGAGGAGGACUUAAGGUGGGAAGGAGAGGCGACAGUCAGGAUCGGUUGCUGAAGACUCUGCAGCAUCUUCAAGGAUCUGAAGUCCUGCGAUUAAAGACUUCUCGAGGUCCUUUGAAGUGGCAGAGACUGGUGGGAUCCCGAGAUAAGCCGAGACAAGAGCCAUGGAAUUUUUGGUGCCAUUGACGGCAUCGAUGCUCUUCUUGGGAGCUGGACGAGCAACCGGAAGUGACAUCUUCGAUUCCUCAUCCCCUACCGGAACUUAUAUCUGCAUCGACAUUUCGGACAAGCUCCCGACCUGCGAGUUCAUGACGUUCGAGAAGUGUCGCCGAAGCUCGAUUGAAGACUCGGAGGAGAGCCAGAGAUCUGCUUCGGAUUUGAAGCUGAAGUUGAAGACCCGGAGCAACGGCAUCGACGAGGAGAGAAACGUCCUGGACGACUUCGAGUUGUCCACCAUUGUGUACAAACUCGAAGGGUGUUUGCCUCCCAGGUUGCCCUUUGACCUGCCGAUGUGUACGAGCAAGGACACUUCCGGAAAAGGAGUGAUAACCCACCGGAUUUAUCCAUUCAUGGUUACCGGUGCCGGAAGUUCCGAACCCGCUCUGAUCUUUCCGAAAUUCGAGAUCAACGAUUGGCUGCGGAUAAUUAAGCGAUUUCGGAAGAAACGUGACUCAUCGCCGACGAUUUCAAAGCGAAAGAGACAGGACGUGUUCCCGUCGCGGUCGAAAUUAUCGCAGAUAGUGUUCGGGAAAACGGAGAAUAAAGUGCCGCAUCCGAGGGAAAUGCCGGAGAAAAGGACGGACCAAGUUCAAGAAGGAAGCGCCAACCUCCAGAUGAUCAGGAGGGUUAAGGGGAGCGAAGUUGACUGCGCGGUGGUCGGCAGCGGAGUGGGGAGUCCGGCCGACGGGUCCCCCACCAAACCCUCCGCUCCGCCGGGCCAGUACGGGGGAGGAGUGGGGAUAGAGGCCCCGAAGUCGGGCCUGGUCAGUGCGGGCUUCCCCCACUCUCGCGCCGACGCCCGAGGCGAGAGGACCUCGGGUAGGUCCGGCUCCCCGCACCGUGUAAGGGAACUCCAGAUGGCGCGAGAGGUUCUCUACGAAGCGGAGGACCCCCCCAGGGUGUUCCCCUAUACCCUAGGGACCCUUCUCCAGCCCCGCGGACUCAGGGCGGUGGACUACUGGAGGGAGAGGGAUGUUAACCUGGGUUUAACCAGAGGGAUUUCAAAGAAUCGGUUUCUCUAUCGCCGGGAGAGCGAUGAUGAUGGUAAGGAAUCCCUCGGGAGAGGUGCGGAAGGUAUGGCAUCCCUCGGGAGCCCCGCUGAUGAAGCUAGGGUACCCUUUGGGAUGUCCGCCGAUGAUGCCAGGGUAUCCCUCGAGAAUCUCGAUGACGAGACUCGUCGGCCCCGCAGGAGUCUCCGGGAAGAGACUAGGUCAUCCCCUGGGAGCCGGCGGGAAUCCAGGAAAUCCAGGUUCCUCGACACCGAGGUACCUGGUUCCAGGACGGGUCCCACCGAGUUCUCGAACGGGGAGGUGGAGUUCCCAUACUCCAAGGCGAUCGCCUACGACCCGAAGAAGCUUCAGGACGCCAUUCGGCGGAUCCAGGAGAGGAGGCACGGGAACGACCUCGCCGUUCCUGGGGAUGUUGAAAAAAGCAGGGAUUUCCCCGGUUCACCGAAAAAUACCCGGAGGACGACGCGUCUCGCGAUAAUUCCGUAUCCCGUUGCUGGCGGUGCGUAAUUUUUCCGCAGCGGGGUGUAAAUCGAUGAUAGGGUUAUUCCUAAGUAAUUGUUCUUCUCUCGUUGCUCGGACCUUAUUGCUGGUCCGGAGAAGUGUACACUGAGGAAAGAUUUCAUUGGGCCAGAGAAAUAUCUCUUUGAAUAGUACCAAUGCAAAUAUUUUGUUCAUUCUGAUAUACAUAGAAGGACUUUUUUAAUAACACCUUAAGGUGCUAUGAAAGGGUUAUUCUAUAUAUAUAUAUAAACAUGA